CGCUGUCUCCAUCACUACACUUUACGGCCGCAGGAAUGCUCCUGACUGCAUAUACUCGAUUUUGCUCUCGCCAGUCAACUGUCCCACUAGCUUUUGCUCGAAGAAAAUCGCCCAGCGUUCAGCUCCCAUCCAUCCGCCACUUCCAAACCACAAAGACAAUGGGCGAAGCGAAGACAGUAAGAUGGGGUAUGCUAGCCACGGGCGGCAUCGUGCGCACCAUGACCCGCGACCUCCUCAUCGACCCCACCACCCGCGGCGUCACCGACAUCAAGCAUGUCAUCACGGCCGCCGCAUCGUCGUCGUCGAAGAAGUCCGCCGAGUCGUUUGUCGCGGACUGCGUGGCGCCGACGCAGGGUGCGAGUCCGGUGUGCAAGGCGUAUGGGAGCUAUGAGGAGUUGGUGAAGGAUCCGGAUGUUGAUAUCAUCUACAUUGGCACGCCGCAUUCGCAUCACUACCAGAACUGCAUGCUCGCCUUGACGAAUGGCAAGCCAGUGCUCUGCGAGAAAGCCAUCACGGUCAACGCAGCACAAGCCAAAGCGCUCGUGGAAGAGGCCAGAAAGCGCAAGCUCUUCUUCAUGGAAGCCGCGUGGACACGCUACUUCCCCCUCAGCAUCGCCGUGCGGCAGAAAAUCCAAGCGGGCGAGAUAGGAGAAGUCCUCCGCGUCACCGCCGACUUGUCGACCGGCGAGGCCCCCGAAAUCUACGACGCAGACCACCGCAACGUUAACAAGGAUCUCGCCGGCGGCGCGCUGCUGGAUCUGGGCGUCUACGCUCUCCUCUGGGUCUUCCAAACGGCAUACCACACCCUACCAAAAGACAAGCGGAAACCGCCUCGUGUCGUCGGCGCGGCCAUGACGCCCGAGCCGCGCACGGGAGCGGACGAGUCGACGACGAUGCUGCUCGAGUUCCCCGUUAGCACGCCCAGCGGUACGCGGCAGACGCACGCGAUUGCCACCACGGCGAUGCGGGUGCAUUUCGAUCCCGGGCGGGAGUCGGAGGCGGCGUCGCCUACGGUGCGCGUGCAGGGAGACAAGGGGGAGAUUCAGGUGUUUGGGCCGAUUUAUCGCCCUACGCGGUUUCGCUUGUUGCCUUAUCCUGCUAGUGAGGAGAGGCCGAUACAGACGUUUACGUUUGAUUUCCCCGGUGGCACUCACGGCAUGAGUUGGGAAGGCGACGAAGCGGCGCGCUGUUGGCUCGCGGGCAAACUCGAGAGCGAGACGACACCGUGGGAAGAAAUGGUGGUGAUGAUGGAGACGGUGGACGAGGUGCGCAGACAGACGGGCCUGACGUUUCCGGAGAACAUUGAGACGACCAAGUUCCCGCUGGAUCUUCACAAGCGCGACCCGAACAAGAAGCAGGCGUACAUCAAUCGGAAUUGAGUGCGGCUACGUGUAAUUGAAACGGGAGAAGUCGGUAGGGAUCACGAAUGAAUAAAGAGUCGAG